CGUCUUUGGGCUGCCCUGGUUCCGCGGCGUUCGGUUCCCGGCCCGGUGUCCCGGCGGGUUCGCAGUCGCGGGCCGGGGCGAGCGGCAGCGCGGGCUGCGGGCGGCGGCGGCUGCAGUCCCAGCGCGCACCGCUGGGUGGUGCCCUCGGCCAAGGCGGCGCCGAGCGGCUGCGGCAGCGGAGGCGGCCGAGCCCGGAGCGGCACAGCCCGAGCGAGCCCGGCCCGGCCCGGCCCGGCCCGGCCCAGCUUAGAGCAGCCCAGCGCAGCCGGGCGGAGGUGGCGGCGGCUGCGGCAGCGAGCGCUGCCCCGUGUCCCCCGCUGCCGGGACAGCCCGGCUGCAGAGGUUGCGGAGCGCCGGCCGCAAUCUGAGGCAGCGAGGGAAGGCGCCCGCGCCGCCCUUGGCCGCUUGCUUUCGGCGGGGAAUCGCCCGGGACAGCCGCCCAGAGACCGACACCGGCCGCCGCCGCCGCCGCCGCCGCCGCGCCAUGGCGCUCGCAAGGCAAGUGCUUUGUGUGUGUGCUUUGCUGUCGCUGCCGCUCGCUCGCGCCGAGCCCAUCCGCUACUCCGUGGCCGAGGAGGCGGAAAGCGGCUCCCUGGUGGGCAAGCUGGCGGAGGAUGCGGGGCUGCCGCCGGCGCAGCUCUCGGCUCGCCGCGCCCGCCUGGUGUCGGAGGACGGCCGGCAGCAUUUUCGCUUGGAGCGCGCCUCCGGCCGCCUGCUGGUGGCGGGGAGGCUGGACCGGGAGCAGCUGUGCGGCCAGUCCGCCACCUGCAUGCUCCCCUUCGAGCUGCUGCUCUCCGGCCCCCUGCAGUUCUUUCGCGUCGAGGUGACUCUGGAGGACAUCAAUGACCAUUCACCCGUCUUCCCCGAGGAACGAGUCAGAUUUGACAUCCCGGAAACGAGCGAGGCAGGUUCACGUUUCACACUGGAGGGUGCUCAAGAUCUCGAUAUUGGCAGCAACGCAGUCCAGCAGUACAGUAUUUCUCCCAUGAAUGAGUAUUUUAGCAUUUACUAUGGAAGUCGGAAUGAGGAUGACAAGUAUGUUGAACUUGUUUUGACAAAGCCAUUAGACAGGGAGGAGCAUGCAGAGAUUGGGUUCAGUCUCAUUGCUGUGGAUGGUGGCUCUCCUCCCAGGAGUGGAACAACCCAAAUCCACAUUGUCAUUCUAGAUGCAAAUGACAAUGCUCCCAACUUCAAGGAAGAGCGCUAUAUUGGAAAGGUUCUGGAGAACAUGCCAGAAGGCACUGUGGUUCUGACUGUGCUGGCAACCGAUUCGGAUGCAGGAGUUAAUGGCGAAAUCUCCUAUCAACUCAUCCAAGCACUGGGUCAGAGAGACUCAGCAUUUGUGAUUGAUGCCAUAACUGGUGAAAUCAAACUCACAAAACCUCUGGACUUUGAGUCAGCAGACACUCAUGAAUUCCGUGUGAGGGCCACAGACGGAGGGGGCCUGUCAGCAAUCUGCAAAGUGUUAGUGGAGGUGGUGGAUGUGAAUGACAAUGCCCCAGAGGUGGUGGUCAGUUCCUUCAGCAGUCCCCUCCCCGAGAACACAGUGCCCGGCACGGUGGUUGCCCUGUUUUCGGUCAGGGACCGGGAUUCUGGUGCCAACGGGAAGAUCUCCUGUGCCCUGGAGGAUGAGCUGUCCUUCUCCCUGCGGGCAGCCUAUAAGAAUUACUAUGAGCUGGUGACAGUGAGCGCGCUGGACCGGGAGGAGAGGCCUCAGUACAUCCUGAGUGUGACGGCAGCAGAUGCGGGCUGGCCUCCUCUGAGCACCACGCAGACCUUCACCGUGGAGAUCUCAGAUGUCAACGACAACGCCCCCGUCUUCAACCAGAGCUCCUACACCAUGUACGUGCGUGAGAACAGUGCGGCCGCGGUGUUUGUUGGCGCCGUGAGCGCUGCAGAUGCUGACGUGGGGCUGAAUGGCAAGGUGAGCUAUUCCCUGGCAGCAGAGCAAGGGGCGGAGCGGCCCUGGUGCUCCUGCCUGUCUGUGGACUCGGAGAAGGGGCACGUGUUUGUGCUGCGGCCCCUGGACUACGAGCACUUGAGGCAGACGGAGGUGACGGUCAGUGCCUCUGACGCGGGCUCUCCUCCCCUGCGAGCCAACGUCACCGUCCGCCUGGUCGUGCUGGACGAGAAUGACAACGCCCCGCUCGUGCUGUACCCAGCCCAGGAGAGCAGCCCAGGCUCCAGCGAGCUGGUGCCCGUGUGGGCCGAGGCGGGCUACCUGGUCAGCAAAGUGGUGGCCGUGGAUGCGGACUCGGGCCAGAACUCCUGGCUCUCGUUCCAGCUGCUGAGGGCCAGCGAGCCAGGGCUGUUCUCCGUGGGCCUGCAAAGCGGGGAGGUGCGUCUGAGGAGGCCGGUGACAGAGAGAGACAGCGUGAAGCAGAAGCUGGUUGUGCUGGUCAGAGACAACGGCAAGCCCCCGCUGUCAGCCACGGCAGCUCUGAGCGCUCUCCUGCUCAAGGACUUCUCAGAGGUGCGCCUGCCGCACAGCAGCCCGGCCUCCGAGGACCAGGGCGGCUCCCUGACCACCUAUUUGAUCAUUGCCUUGGUCUUUGUCUCACUGCUCUUCCUCGUCUCCAUCGCCGUCUUGGUGGCUCGCAAGGUGUGCGGGAGGCAGGAGCUGAAGGCUGGCCCUGUGCUUUAUGCUGCCGACACCUUGCAGAGCGGCCUGGCCGAUGCAGCCGCUGCAGGGACCCUGCCCCGCGCCUAUUGCUACGAGAUCAGCCUGACCACGGGCUCGGGCAACAGCGAGUUCAAAUUCCUCAAGCCCAUCGUGCCCAGCCUGCCCCCUCAGCACUGCGCCGUGGGCCAGGGCCCGGAUGAGGAACAGGAUUUCCCCGGUGUCCCUGUCAGCAGCGAGGACAUGGCCCCAGACACUGCUGGGGCUUUCUCUGCAGGACAGUUCAACGCUCUUUCCUUUAACUAGCUGGGGUCUGCACGGUCAGAGGUUUCAAUACCCAUGGUAUCAGUGGAUCCAGUCUGGAGCAUGUGAUAGUGAUUCAUCCAGUGUAUAUCUGUGUGUGUAAAUGGUUUAACCUAUUUCCUGCAUAUUCUAAUUGGAAUUAAUAUCUACCACUCCAAAAACUAUUAGGGAAUUAAUAGAUGCCAAAGUUGUCUCCCUAAGUUUGUAAUGGGUUUCUCCUCUGCUAUGGCCAUUUUUUACAGGCAUUAUGUAUCUGGUUAGGAGUCUCAGCUUUUUUUCUUCUUUCUGUUAUUGUCUGACUAGACAGAGGAUCUUUUUCUUCCUAGGUUUAGGACAAUGUCACUGUUGGCCAUACAAAUCAUAUCCUCACUAAAAUGUAAAAAAGGCCCGGUUUGUGUUUUAGGAAAGUGUGAAAGUUUUGGGAUUGAGUUACAAUGUCAUUUGUGCACUAGGGUUUUCUUGCCUGGGUUCUGGAUGUCUCUUUUUGAGAUGGGAGCUCUGUGUGCAGACAUUGAAUAUCUGCAGAUGCUUCAGAAUUACUGCCUGGUGAAGCAGGGGGCUGCUCCCACCCAGCCAUGACAACAGGCCGUGCCAGCUGAGCAGGGAAGGAGGUGAUUUGGAGCCUUUUGCAACAGCAGUGUCUUCAUCCUAAUGUAGAUCAGAGUAGAGCUGCAAAAUGGAUAACAAUAUCUUCCUUUGGCUUGCAAGAGGGGCUUCGGUGUUCUGUCUUCUCAGGAUUGUCUUGGAAAUACAAGAACACACAAAUUUUUAGGGUAGACUGUAACUGGACAGAGUUGUAGAAACAUGUUCAUUGUUGUUGAAUACAUUGAAGGAAAACUCCAUAAAUACUACAAGCUAAUUAUUAAGAGGAAGAGUAAAGAAGGUCUUGAAAAUAGUCAAUGAGAUUGGUGUUUUCAUUGUUGUUCCUGAAUCCCAAGGCUUCUUGAUGGGACUAGAAAGCUGUCCAUGCAUGAUUUUCUGUGUUUGUGUUGGAGCAUUUGCAUUCCCAUGUUUGCCCUUUCUCCUCUGAAAUGAACUGAGCACUGUGCUGAGCCUGUUCCUCUAGAGAAGGACUGCCACCCCAUCUAGAAUAACUGUUUGUUUGAAUGAUGUCUGUGAUGCACAAAAUAAUCAGAAAGCCUCCCUCUUGCACUGUGAUAUGCUGAAGUGAUACAGUUUAACAUUGUAAAUUGGUAUAACUGUGGGAUUAGGAACUGAAAAAUUGUGUUAGACUGAAAUAAAGACAACACUUGACUGCU